CUGCUCUCUAAUCUGAAAGUGUCAGUGAUGACAGCAUUAUUAUUUUUAGAAAGUGUGUUAGUAUCAAGUGAAAGCUAUGCUGAUCCUUAUUAUUUAGUAUAGAUUAUGACAUUGUUAUAUUUUUUGUAGAUCACAGAAUGCCUAGGAAGAAGAGCUGGAAGAAAGCUGCUGCAAAAAAGAACCCAUGUAAGGCAGAUGUGGGUGACAAGUACCCCACAGAUGUUGGCCACGUCCAACUGUCUGUGCCUCUGGGUGUAGGCCACGUCCUAACACCUAUGACAUCUGUACCGGCAGGGGUGGUCUCUACCACCCCUGUGACAGUGGUCUCUGCGGCUCUCCCUGAGACCACUAUGCCUCAAACUAUGCCUCAAAUGUUGCCUCUGGCUCAAACUAUGCCUCAAAUGUUGCCUCUGGCUCAAAAGUUGCCUCAAAUGAUUACUCAGAAUUCCUCUCAGUUGCUUACUCAGAAUAUCUCUCAGAUUACAACUCAGAAUAUUACUCCGUUUGUAAUGAACAAUAUACCAAAUGAAACAACACAUGCACUGCAAGGUAAUUGUAUGCAUCAGAAUUCAGAUAAUGUGGUGUUUGGAUCUUUCCAUCAGGGAAGCAUGAGGUUUUCAUCAUUUUCAAGAGGUAAUCAGUGUACAUGCAAUUCACUUAUGAUGUUGGCAAAUUCAUAUGAACAUUUUUCAUUUACUAGUUCCUUUUUAGAUCAGACUCUGCUCAAGGGAGAUAAUUUGUACAACACGGUUGUGAAGAAUCUUCAGAGUGCUGGAAAACUUAAAAGUAGAUUACUGAUGUUUGAUGAAUUACCAAUUCAUAUUGAUUCUGGUGAAAAUCACCACAUGGUUGAUAAGUUUGAUACAUUGUUUGGCUUAUUAGUUACAGAUGAUAAGAGAAAUCAAAUUCAAACUCUACAUGAAUGUCUGCAACAAGCAUUGGGAUUAUCUAGAUUAGAUCAGUUAACAACAACUGCUCUCACAAACAAACAAUCUGAUGGCACCAAUACUGGUCACUUAAAAACAACAGCAAUAAAGAAAGAUAAAAAGGAUUACAUGAGACAAUAUAUGAGAAACAAGAGACAAGAUCCAGAGAUUAAAAGCAAGGAAAGGGACAGUAUGAGAAACAAGAGACAGGAUCCCGAGUUUAAAGUCAAGGAAAGGGACAAUAAAAGAAGCAAGAGACAAGAUCCAGAGUUUAAAGACAACGAAAGAGACCGUAUGAGAAACAAACGACAAGAUGCAGAGUUUAAAGGAAAAGAGAGGAACAGUAUGAGAAACAAGAGACAAGAUCCAGAGUUUAAAGUCAAGGAAAGGUACAAUAAAAGAAGCAAGAGACAAGAUCCAGAGUUUAAAGACAACGAAAGAGACCAUAUGAGAAACAAACGACAACAUGCAGAGUUUAAAGUAAAGGAAAGGGACAGUAAAAGAAGCAAGAGACAGGAUCCCGAGUUUAAAAUCAAGGAAAGGGAAAGUAAAAGAAGCAAGAGACAAAAUCCAGAGUUUAAAGACAAUGAAAGAGACCGUAUGAGAAACAAACGACAAAAUACAGAGUUUAAAGACAAGGAAAGGGACAAUGACAACUGGUUCCAUGAGGUCACCAAUUCUGCAAGCGAAUUAAUGAGACAGUUUAUAGAGGGUCACACCAAUGAAGAUUCAGCAAUGCAUGACCAAUCAGAUGGAUCAGACUCUGAUGAAUUCUGUGAAGUUGAUAGUGGUAAGGAUGGAAAUCGUGAUACUCUAUUAGACAGUGACUCAUUUGACAUGAAUCAGAUCUUCACGUUUGCUCCAGGAGAAGGACAGCGUCCAAUCAUUGAUGACCGUGUAAUACUUGUCAAACCUGAUUCAGAACUCGAAAAGUUGAAUGCUAAUUCCACAGACAUAGAAUGCAGUAACAUAGUCAAAAGAUAUGCAAAACGUCCAAAACAACUUGAAAACUGGUGUUUAGCUGACUAUGUGUCACAGUUAGAUGUAGUUUUCCCAAAGGAAAGUAUAACUGACCUGUCUGAAAUGGAAACAAAUGAUGAUGAGAGACACCAGUCAGAAAAUGAAGAUAGUGGAUCUGAUACUGAGGGUGAAUUUAAAGACGACAGCACAUUAGUUGUGUUGAGAAAUGGAAUUAAAAUUAAGCGCAGAAAAACACCAAGAGUUAUACGAUAUGUGCGCUAUAGCUUAAAGACAAACCCAGAAAAUUACUAUAGAGAAAAAUUAAUGCUGUUCACUCCAUGGCGAAAUGAAACUUCUGAUCUUCUGUGUGGACAUCAGAGCUUUGAGCAAUCAUUUAACCAGAAAAAAAUUUUCUUGGCUAAGAAAAUCAAACAGUAUGAACAUAAUGCUGAUAUGCUUGAGCAGGCAGAACAGAUGGCGCAGGAUGAUUUGACAGAAGCAUAUGAUGAAUUAGCUCCUGGUGCUCAACAUACUGAUGCAGAUGAUGAAUAUGAAGGAACUGUUAACUCUGAAACAUUUGUUCACUUUAAUCCAGAAAGGCCAAUUGAACAGAGAGAGUAUGACAUAGGAAGUGAUGUUGGAAUUCCAUCAACAAGACAACUGAAUGAGCAGAGUUCUGUUAGAUUACCUGAUGAUCAGUAUUUAAAGCUUGUAGCCAGUUUAAAUUUGAAGCAACGGGAAUUCUUCAAUCAUGUUAUGCAAUGGAUCAAGUCUAAACAGGAACCUAUUCAUGCAUAUCUGUCAGGAGGUGCAGGAGUUGGAAAGUCAGUGUUAAUCAGAGCACUUUAUCAAGCUUUACAUCGGUAUUUAUGUGCUAAGGAGGGUGAGAAUCCAGAUGAUAUACGAAUUCUUCUUUGUGCAUACACUGGUAAAGCUGCAUUUAACAUUGGUGGUCAAACAAUUGCUUCUGCAUUUCACCAGAAAAUUAACCAAAGGCAGCAAAACAUGCAUUGUGAUGAACUCAACACAUUUAGAACUAAGUAUAGAAAUUUGUCAGUAGUCAUCAUAGAUGAAAUUUCAAUGGUUGGCAACGCAAAGUUGGAAUUUAUAAAUAACAGACUUCAGCUUCUUACUGGUUUGAAGAGGCCGUUUGGAGACAUUAGUAUUAUUGCUGUCGGAGAUUUCUUUCAACUUAAACCAAUCAUGGAUGGCUGGAUUUUUCAAGAUUUAAAACAAAAUGCCCAAGCACUUGCAUGUAAUCUUUGGAAACAAAACUUCACCUUAUUUGAAUUAGAUGAAGUAAUGCGACAAAAAGAUGAUUUAGAAUUUGCACAGCUUUUGAACCGUCUUCGUCACAAUGAGAUGACUUCUGCGGACUUGGAUAUAAUUCACAGGCGCAUCAUUGCUGAAAAUAGUCAAAAUUAUCCACACAAUGCUCCCCAUCUUUUCACAAUGAAUGCAAAAGUAGAUGAAUAUAACAAUAAACUUAUAGAGCAACUUCCUGGUGAAAAAGUUAUUGUUAUAGCUGUUGACAGUGUCCUCCAAGACCACAGUAAGUCUGUGAAAGACCGACUACUCAGAUCAUUGCAAUAUCAAGAUGAUGUAAGCAAAACUGCAAAUCUCAUGACAAGACUAACUCUAGCCAUUGGAAUGAUAUAUGACAUUACGGUUAAUAUUGAUGUUACUGAUGGCUUGACAAAUGGUUCAUCAUGUACUGUAUUUCUUGUUGAAAACAGAUUACCUGGUGUAUCAAGGCCAAGUAUUGUGUGGGUGAAGUUUUUAGAUUCUGCAGUAGGAAGAAUUGCUCGACAGAAAUACAGACAUCUUUUCCAUGAUGAUGUUAUGGAUGAUUGGACACCAAUAUUUGACUGUCAGCGAUCUUUUGUUUUCAAUUCAACUACAUAUCAAAGAAUACAGUUUCCUUUAAGACCAGCUGCUGAAACAAGAUUAACCAUCAAUGAUGAACAGAAUUUUAUGAUGGAAGGUUACUUGACUCUGUUUAAUCAUGAAAAGAGAAGUGACAGCUAUCGUCCUCAUCAUGGAACAGCAUUAUACGUUAAAGAAGACCAUUUGAUGACAUGUAUCUCAAAAUUCAGCAACACUUUGCUUGAAUUCAUCAUAGCUUUAAUACAUUUCAGAGACCUUGGAGAAGUGCAGAUAAUUGUUUUAUACAAGUUCCCUGCAUGUUCUUUUAAAGAAUUUGAACGUGAAGUUAUGUUGCAUUUAAAACCUUUUGUAGACACAAAGAAGAAAUUGAUAAUUCUUGGAGAUUUCAAUUUUGAUUUGUUUACAGGUCACAGAGAAUUUCUGAACUUUAUGAACUUGAAUUUAAAAUGCACACAAUUGGUAAAAAAGGUAACUCACGAGUCGGGUUCACAACUUGAUUUGAUUUUCACAAACUUUCCUCAUUGUGAAACUGAUGUGAUUGAGGCAUAUUGGUCAGACCAUAAAAUGAUUUACUGUACAUAUACUUUAUGAAUCUGAUAUAAGGGACGCACGAGUAUUUAUUUGGGAGAGAUAAGUCAUCUUGUCCCCUCUCCCACCUACCAAUGUGCCAGUGUCACUUAGUGACAUUUGGUACAUUGAUUACUGUAUACAGGGUUAUAUUCGCCCUAGCUGUGUUAAUUAUUUUCAUCCUUUCACAUAAUUUUGCAACAUUUAAAAUUCUCCCCAGUUGCAGUUUUAUUGAAGAAAUCAUACCAUGUUCUUUUAAUUUACCCCAUUUUAUAUUUGUCUACCUCUAAGAUGGAUGACGCGGGAAAAUAAAAUGGGGCGAAUAUUUCCCUGUAUACAGUAUCUGAUAGGCACCAAUUACUUGAUGUAAAAUCUUGUUUCUUAUUAGGCAUAUGUAUACUUAAAGGUGAGACGACACGUUCCUCAGUGUUAGAUAACUUUUUCCGUCAAUUUGUUAAUGGUUUACUACUACUUUGACAAGCUUUCUUGCAAAAAAUUAGGGUACCUUACCAGGCAUUUCUGCAAAUUACUAGAGUAUGCAAUUUCCUAUAUAAUCUCCUUGAAAAUACACUUGAAUUGCUGAUAUAAAAAUAAAUGCAUGUACACCACAGCAAAUUUCACUAUAUAAGAAUUAUAUCUCCGCCACAACGAGGUUUUGAACUCGCAACCUCUAGAACCUAUACACUUCUGCUAGUGUGCGGCCACGGUUCUAACAACUUGACCAUCUAGACACGUAAACAAAUCCAAGUAAAUUUUGAACAUUUUUAAAGUAAUUAUAAAAUUAAUAUUUUUUAUUGGAACGUACUCUUUAUUACGAGGAGAUAGAAAAAAGAUUCUCGAGGUACGUGUUGUCUGACCUUAAACUUUUUUUAUGUGCAUGCAUGGAAUAGCUUAAAAAAUUGCAAGCAACUCAUUAAUGAUCACAAAACAAUUGUACUAAACAAGAAACCUUCAUUAUGACUUUUUAUUAAUUUUCAACAGACAAUUAAUAAAUGUACAAAAUAAUUGAAUAUUGUAUGUUACGGAAAAUUCAUGUGCCAUCAAUGACAAUUAUUCAUGUCCAAAAAAUGAUGAUCAUUGUAUUAUAUGUUAAUUAAAAUUUAUAAAUUAUGAGUAUACUGUAUUGAUGUUUGUCAGUUAGUUUUACCCUUGCUAUUUAUAUUCUUUUCUUUCAUGAUACAUGAAUAUCAUGAACUUGGUAUUUUGAAUAUACAUGAAAUUUUUUGAGAUUACAUUAAUUGUUUACAAAGUUUAAUUUCAAGAAAUUAAUGACUUCUGGUAAAUAAUGAUUAGAGUUAUACUAGAAAUAUACACUUGCAUCAAGUAAUUGGUAUCUUUGAUAUAUGUUCAACACUGUAUUCUAUAGUUUUAUGAAGUAAAUUCACCGAAUAUUACCUUUAUGAAAUAAUUGCUGUAUAGAAAAAUUGUAAAUUUAUUAAUGUUACUGUGUCUUGUGACAUUUAGUCCCUCAAGAACAAUACUGGAGUACAUGAGAGUAUAAACUUUUACAGUGUAUAUGAAUUCA